AUGAUUGAUUGGAUUGUGGAGAAACUCGAUUGUAGUAUCAAAGAAGGUAUGGAUGACAAUACUGAAAUCAGUAUUAUCAAAGAUACAAUGUUACGAUUACAGUUGGAAAAGGCAGCUAGACACAAUAGGUUGGAUCUAAUAAAGCAUUUUGUCAAUGAAAAGCGAUAUAUACAGAUUGAAGAUAGUAAUAAUCUUUACAGGAUAAAGAGAGAGAUAUCAUCCAAUGGAAAUACAGAGAUCUUGGAUUGGUUAUUAAGCAAAAACGUUCGGUUCGAUUCGAUUGAUCAUGAUCACUCAAGUUUUAUGUUGUUGGCUGCAAGCAAUGGACAAUUCGAUAUGUUGAGGAAACUACAUGCAGAAAACAUUGGAAUUUGUGGUGUCGGAGUAAUUUAUAGUGUUGCUUCAAGAGGUAACAUGGAAAUUCUAAAAUGGUUGAAUUUGAAUCGCACAGAGGGUUGCAGCCGCAAUGCAAUGGAUUAUGCUGCAACUCAUGGGCGCACUCACGUUGUAAAGUGGUUGCAUUAUAAUAGAAGUGAAGGAUGUAGUGAGAGAAACACAAUAGAUUAUUUGGAGAUUCUAACCUAUAUAUUGGAUCAUCGACUUCAUACAAAUCUUAUCAACAGAUCUGGUCAAAUCGAAAUUUUUAUAAAAGUGGUAACCUCAGACAUUGAGAACAAUCGUCUUUUAUUGAUUUUACUUCAAAAUAAUAGAUUUAAUGUUGCCUCAUGUGAUUCUUAUCGAGUAGAUUUUGAAUCCAUAUAUGUGGAGUUAUUAAACAAAUCACGAUCAUACACAAUCAAUUUUGAAAACAAUCAUCUAUUCAAAUACAAUAUUGACUAUUUCAAACAAUCUCAUAUCAUUAAUAACAAACGAUAUCAUUCAAUAUCAAGAUUUACAAACAGUAAUGCUAUCAAUGAUGUAUAUUUAGUGUGUGGUACUGAUCAUAGAUUGGUAAGAUCAAUUAGAUAUCUAAUUAAUCAAUUGACAAUUAUAAAACUAACAAAAUCAAUUCAAAAGUAUGUUUAUAAAAAGAUAAAUUAUAAAGAUUAUCAGAAAUCUUAUGAAAGAGCUGAGAAUGAAAUCAAAGCAAUGAAAUUACUCAAAGGUAAUCCAAGAUUUGUUCAACUUGUUGACCAUCAUCAUGAUAAAGACAAUCAAAUCUUUCAUAUCAUCACUAAAUAUUGUAAAGUUGGUGAUCUUUCCCAAAAGUAUAAACAUUUAACUGAUAUAAAUCUGUAUAUAUCAAAUAUUAAACAACAUGACUUUUAUCAAGCAAUUAACCACUUUUAUAUUGAAUAUAAAAAUAGAAUCUUUCCAGAAUCAUUUAUCAGUAAUUAUAUUUCACAACUUUUCAAUAUUCUUUUGGAUCUUGAUAAACAUGGAAUUGUUCAUUGUGACAUUAAACCAUCAAAUAUAUUCAUUGAUGAACCUGAUGCUUAUGGUACUUUGAUUCUUGGUGAUUUUGGAUGUUGUGAAUUCAUUGAUCAAUCAACAAUUAUUGAAUAUCAAGAUACAAAAGAACAUACUCUUGAAACAAAUGAUUUUAAUUUAAAAACUAUCGAUCAUGAAAUAUCGGAGCCAACUUUUUCAAAUAUAAAUGCAACACGUGGAACUAAAGGUUAUAUUUCACCAGAAGCAAAGAACAGACAAUAUGCACAAUCAUGUGACAUCUUUUCAAUUGGAUCAACAAUUCUCAAAUUAUUAUGUUGUCAUCAAGAUGAUCGAAAUAAUCAUCAACUAUUCCAAACUAAACGUGAAAUUAAGAUUUCAGAAUGCAGAUAUUCAAAACAAUUGAUUGAAUUUAUUCUCCGAUUGUUGGAUCAGAGUCCAAAGAAUAGAGAAUCAUUGAAUCAAAUAUUAAACAAAUAUAUUGAAACUAUCACCAAUAAUCAGAUAAUUACAUUCAAUUUAAAUACUCCAUUUCAUAAUACCUCCGUCAAUGUCACUGAGAUCAAUUUUGGAAAUGAAUUCAAUCAAAUAUUAUCAAUCGGUGUCUUACCUGAAUCACUGAAAUCAUUGGUGUUUGGAAAUGAAUUCAAUCAAAUAUUAUCAGUUGUUGGUGUGUUACCUAAAUCACUUGAAUCAUUGAAAUUUGGAAAUAGAUUCAAUCAAAUAUUAUCAGUUGGUGUUUUACCUGAAUCACUAGAAUCAUUAGUAUUUGGAGAUGAAUUCAAUCAAAUAUUAUCAGUUGGUGUUUUACCUGAAUCACUUGAAUCAUUGCUACGUGAUAUCCUCGUGGAGGAGGUGUGCGUUGGCAUACUCGACUGUGCCAACAUUCGUCUGCACUACAGAGGUUCUUCAUGUACUAACGCCAGCUCUUUGUUGAAUUACUGA